AAUAUAUUGAAGUGUGACGUAGGGCUUGGAUCUUGUUUCGUGUACGUCCAUCGAACCGUGAAUCCCUUUGAUAGGUGCUUCGUGAGUCGUACGAUAUAUUGUCUGGCUUGAACGACUGUCAUUCCUCUAACCUUUCUCAGUAAUGCCUGACAGAUUUAUUACGGGAUAUUAAGGCGUCUUGAAUCGCUUGUGGUUGUAGUGCCGUGUCAUUUUGCUUGUGUUGCGAAAUAUCCUCACUGUACUUGGCUGCAAACAACAUGCUUAGAAACCCUGUUGGAGGAGUUCUUUUCGCCUUCAUGGUGUAUUUUAGCUCUUUCAUGGGGCUGAUCUUUAUCCUUGGACCUUCUUUACCUCUAAUGUUAGUCAAACCGAAGUGGUAUCGCUGGUUCAACGACAAAGCUAUCGGUUUUUGGCUUCAUGUGGCACCGGCUUUGCUAGAGCUUGUUCAUGGGAUGAAAGUGGUUAUAUCAGGGGAUAAACCAAUUGUGACAGAUACAGCUCUUAUCGUCAUGAACCAUCGUUGUCAUUUUGACUGGAUGUUUUACUGGAGUGUUCUGAUGCGCUAUGGGAAGCUUUGCUAUCUUAGAAUCGUGAUGAAAGACAUCUUAAGACACAUUCCUGGCAUUGGUUGGGGAAUGCAAGGAGCCAUGUAUUUGUUCCUAAAGAGACAUUGGGAACAAGAUGAAGUAUACUUAAACACUGUACUGGACUACUUCAAAGACCUAAACUAUCCCAUCCAGUUAAUGAUAUUUCCUGAAGGAACUAACCUGGACGAGAAAAGCCAGCCUAGAAGUGAGAGCUACGCCCGUAAGAACAAUCUACCUAUUUACAAACACGUGCUACAUCCACGAGUUAGAGGAUUCAUUCAUUGCGUGGAAAAGCUUCGCAAAGCAACGAAAAGAUUGGAUGCUGUUUAUGAUGUGACGAUAGGCUACGACGAAGAUUACUGCUACAAGGAACAAGAUAUCAUAACUGGAAACUUUCCAAAGGAAAUUCAUUUUCAUAUUCAACGAUACACAACAUCUGAGUUGCCCUCAGAAUACACUAGUCUCGAAGAAUGGCUCGUCAAAAGAUGGGCCGAGAAGGAAGAACGUUUAAAACGUUUUUACGAAUCCGAAAACAAAGGAUUUUGUCCUCCAGGGGAGGAAACAAACCAAGAUACCCAUGACAAGGAGGAAACCACUGUUAAACGCGUAAUGACCAUUUCUCUUAUCUUCUUUGUUAUCGUCACCAUAGCGGCGUUUUUUCUCCUCUAUAGAUUUGUGUACGCUAGGUGGUAUCUAUUCGCUUUCGUAGUCAUGUACACUGUUCAAAAUGUAAUAGGUUUUGGUAUGGACAAGGUACAACUUCUAAUACACCAAAAAAAGAUUUCGAAACUAUAGUUAGGAGGUUUUAAUAUCUAGUUUACAAAAUUGUUCAUGCAGUGGAUUGGCAUUUCCAAUUUUUUUAAAGGACGACAAAAAGAUAAAACUUCGAUAAUAGGUUAAAGCUGCUGGUUUUGUUUUUGUUUUCCUUCUCUCCUUAGUUUCAAUUAUCAGUAUAAAUCUUAGUUGGGUUGGUUUUCCACUUUUCAAUUGUUGCAUUUCAUUAUUGCAGCAUGUACCGUGUACGUGCUGAAGUCAGUACCGUAUGUUAUCCACUCAUACGAUAACCAUUCUUAAUGGGAAGCCAUUUCAAUGUUGCGACUUGUGCCGUAUACGUGCUGUCAGUCAGUACCGUAUGUUUCCCACUCAUGCGAUAACCAUUCUUAUGGAAAGCCAUCUCAAUGAUACGGCAUGUCGUACCGUGAAUGUUCCCAUUCUUAUGGGAAACCAUUUCAAUGUUGCGACAUGUCGUACCGUUAACGUACUUUUAAGUCUGUACCGUAUAUUUCCCACUCGUACCAUAACCAUUGUUAUGGGAAGCCAUUUCAAUAUUACGGCAUGUCGUACCACGUAACUGAUCAAGUUGUGUUUGCGCCAUUGCAAAGCGACUUGUUGAGUAGUUCGUGUGCGGAUCCUAAAACUGUCGCACAAAGUGAUGAUAGAUGUGGACCGCCUUCACUCCACUGAAAAGAGGGACAUUUAAUCAAGGAGUUAUGUACAGUAAUCAUGGAUAUACUAUAUAAUAUAAAUAAAAGUUAUUUUUAUUCA